AAGCCAAGGUCGCUCCGGUCGCCAAAUCACAUUGUGAAAGCUGUUUGUUGCUACACAUGCCGAUUGUAGUUAUUCCCAGGCCCAAAACCACUUUCUCUGUAAUGGCCAUGACACUCGACAAAGAGCAAGAAGAUGAGUUCAGAAAGGCAUUCGAUCUAUUUGACAACGAUGGCUCUGGGACGAUCUCGAGUCGAGAACUGAUUCAAGCCAUGCAAAAUCUCAACCUGAGGCCACGGGAGGAAGAGAUUCAAAACAUUGUUAGGAAAAUUGAUUCCGAUGGCGGCGGAAAUAUCGAUUUCCAAGAGUUUCUCGAUUUAAUGGCUGGGAAAAUGAGGGACAUGAAGAAAGAAGAGGAUUUGGUUCAGGCAUUUCGGGUCUUUGAUCGGGACCGAAAUGGUUACAUAACUGCAUCGGAAUUCAAAUACACCAUGAAUAAGUUGGGCCACAACAUCUCAACAACGGAAGCCAAACAGAUGAUUAAGGAUGCUGAUUCGAAUGGUGAUGGAUUGAUCAACUAUGAAGAGUUCUAUCAUAAAAUGAUGGACUGAAUCGGUCUUGAUCUUUUGAUGUACAGUCUGUUUUAAAUUUCGGAUCCACCCCAUUCUAUAGAGUGUCGCCAAAGAGGCGAGUUUUGCUUGUUCAACCAUCAAGUUCGAAAUGAGUUAUGUCACUUUGAUUGUUCUCUUAAUUAAUCUUAUCAAUGCGAGAAUGUGAAGGGCGACAACCAAAGCUCAACAACCCAA